GGUUUUCACUUCCGGGCAAAAGUCGCCGCAAGGAAGGAGGCAGAGCGGAGGCCGCGAGCUCCCGCCCGAGUCGCCUCCUCGCCACCCUCCUCGCCACCCUCCUCAUCACCCUCCUCACCAUCCUCCUCACCCUCUCCACCUUCCCCACCCCUCCUUCGAAGUUCUCCGCUCAUCGUGCCGACUCGGCGCCAAGAUGCUGUACCUGGAGGACUACCUCGAGAUGAUCGAACAGCUGCCCAUGGACCUGAGAGACAGAUUCACGGAGAUGCGGGAGAUGGAUCUACAGGUGCAGAAUGCCAUGGAUGAGUUGGAGCAGCGGGUGAAAGAAUUUUUUGCGAAUGCCAAGAAGAACAAACCCGAGUGGCGCGAGGAGCAGAUGGAGGCCAUCAAAAAGGAUUAUUACAAAGCUCUGGAAGAUGCAGAUGAGAAGGUGCAGUUAUCCAAUCAAAUCUACGACUUGGUGGACCGGCACCUGCGGAAGCUCGACCAGGAGCUCGCCAAGUUCAAGAUGGAGCUGGAGGCCGACAAUGCUGGCAUCACCGAGAUCCUGGAGCGACGGUCCCUUGAACUGGACACCCCUGCACAGACUCUCAAUAACCACCACGUUCACAGCCACACGCGCACUGAGAAGCGCAAAAACACCGCUAGCCCGUCACCCUACCUCAUUGCCGAACACCAGGACAAGAAGUUUAAGUCAGAGGCUCUGCUGUCAACCCUCACAGCUGACAGCAGCAAGGAGAAUACUUCAGGCUACCGCAACAGCACCAGUGGCACUGCCGCUGCAACAGGCGGUAACGCCGCAGCCUACCAGCUGACCACGUCACAGCCGCUGCCCUCCUACAGCCUGACAGCCAUCCCAGGCGGCAUGGGGGCCGGGGCCAUCACGCUAGCUGCUGCCCAUGCCGUGCAGGCCACAGCUCAGAUGAAAGAGGGCCGCCGCACGUCGAGCCUCAAAGCGACAUACGAAGCACUGAAGAACAGCGACUUCUCGUUGGUGGAGCGAGACUUUCCGCUGCCGCGCGAGGGGCCCGGCCUGGUGCCCGCGCUCGCACAGGCGUCCGCCGCUGCCUCCUCCGCCUCCGCUUCUUCAACGUCUGACUCGCGCAGCGGCCGCAAGAGCAAGGGCAAUAAGGCCGCAGCCGCGGCAGCUGCGGCGGCGGCGGCGGCUGCUGCUGCGGCGGCGGCAGCAGCAGCACAGCAGCCGUCAGCGCUGGCGCAAGAGCUGGCGCAGCCCGACAUGGUCAUUGCGGACGCAGAACUCAGCGACCAGGUGGAUUGGACGUAUGACCCCAACGAGCCGCGGUACUGCAUCUGCAACCAGGUUUCUUAUGGAGAAAUGGUUGGCUGUGACAAUCAAGACUGCCCCAUCGAGUGGUUCCACUACGGCUGUGUGGGGCUGAAGGAAGCCCCCAAGGGAAAGUGGUAUUGCCCCCAAUGCACUGUGGCCAUGAAGAGACGGGGCAGCAGGCACAAGUAACUCUGUUACUCUGCUUCAUCAACGCACUCCCGUACGACUCUGCCAAACCUUCCUUUCGAUGGACAGCGUUGUCAUGGUCGUUAUUGUUAUCAUCGUGAUCCGUCAUCAAUCACAACGUCAACAGCAGCGGCUGCUGCCAUUCGUCAGGCUACUGCCGGAUGAAGUCUUCCCCCCACGUUGGUGCCAUUGCCUCUGGUCCUGUGCGACAGAGGUUUUUUUCAACGCCUCGCUCUCUGGGACUGCGCGCUCCUCCCGCACUCCUCAUAGCCCCCCACGCCAUUAUGCGUUUCUGUCACCGUCGGUUUGUCACGCUCGCUCACGACGCACUUAAUAUCAAGGGCUGCAGGUGGCGCGCAACCGUGAGCGUGCACGCACGGAGCCUUCCAUUUUGGCAGCGGUGGGGAGGAUUAGUGAUAGUACAAGCACCCUUGCCAUACACGUAUGUAAAACAAACUAUUGUGUGUAAGAUAUUAAAUGUAUACUGCUGUGUACCUAUACUCUUAACAUGUCCACUCAGCUGAAUUUACUUCAUUUAACGUCUGCAACGUAAAAAUUUUGGAACAAGUAAUACGGCAAAUAAUAACUGAUUGGCUGCAGGAUGAGAAUUAUUUUGCCUUUCAGUGGCCAUAUGAUGGGCAUAUCCAGUGUCAUACAGAUUGUACUUUGAUCAAAUGGUCAGCCGAAGUGUGAAUUAAUGUCGCUAGAUACUUAAUGUUGUUAUAGACAUACAUAUUAAAAAGCUUAAACAUAGCAGUAAACUGAGCCCUCUGGACAAAAACCCAACCGGCACCUUGUCCCUCUUGCAUUUGUGUUUAUAUUUGAAUGUAAAAUAUUAUCUUGCGUUGUAUAUACUUGUAUCCUGCAAUUGGUAAGAUUUCAUUGUGCGAGGUUUACUUUUUGCAUGAUACACCUUUGUGUUUUUGCGUUCCACCCACAUAGGGCAUUAUUUUAUUGACUGAAAGUAAUGUGUUUUUUGUCUUACCAGAAGCAGAGGGCUAAUAUAAGGUCUUUCAUCAAGGGACACGGCUGUAAUUGGCAUAGAGAGAUUUAGAACAAGGUAUGUGGGUGUCAUUACAUAUACUGAUAAAGCAACUUUAAGUUGUAUAUGGUCAUUGGAAUUAAUGGUGGGUGAACACAUUUAUGGUUGUAGGUAUAUCUAGUUCUGAUUCAGCCGUCCAUCUGUGAUAUAAUCAAUGUCUCCUUCCAUAAGUCCUACUUGUAUUUGUCAGAUUUCAUUAGCUCCAGACUAAACGGUGGAACAAACUUGUACAGAGAUUUUUACCUUUGACACACAGAUACAUAUUGGUAAGUAAUAUGGACUUAAGCUGCAAGCAGAUUGUGAACAAUUGGAGAUGUCUGGAACCUCUGAGGAUGUUGCCGUCUUCUAUAAAAUCUUAGGUUCUCAGGAGAAGCUUACAAACUUGUACAGGAGACUGUGACGACUACCCUUGAGAAUGCUGAAUACAUGGUGUUGCCUGCAUUAGAUUGAGGAAUGCUUCCGCCUCUGUCCACCCAGCAGUAUGAACAACACCACAGUUCAUUGGCAGGUCUAAGGUGUUACUCUUCCAAGACGUUUGGUCAGCGUGGAAAAGAAUUUAGCCACUCGAGGACGGGCUCUCUCUAGAGCUCCUUCUUGGCUGGAGCUUCUUCCGCCCAGCAGUGGCGUGAGCAGGCAAUUUCAGCGCUGCACCUUUGCCGCCUUUUAGACAGACUGAUUAUACCAGCUUUAGUAAAGUUUUUGAAAACAAAAUUGACAACUCUAUAACAAAAUAUUGCUCUCAGAAAUAUGACAUUAAUUUUAAAAGACUUUCUAUAAAUCCCUUAGUAGAGGUUGUGUGAUUAUUUUGGUUUAUAAACCAGCUGUUAUAAAGUGGUAGCAAUAUUUAUAGCUUCAAUUGCAAAAACUGGUCCGUUUGUCGCUCAUGGUGCAUGCAUUUAAAGUUAUGGGAAACUUGAGUGUAAUAUACUUUUACGUUUGUGGUUGAUGAGAAUUGUAUUAAAAGUGUUUUUAUACAUGA